AUGGGCUCGCUUCUGAUGCCGCUGCUUGGCAGCGUGGCCGCUAAGGCCGGCGACGCGCUGGUGACCGAGCUGCUGCGGGCGUGGGGGCUGGAUAAGUCCCGCCGGAAGCUGGAGCGCCACCUCGCCGCCGUCCAGUGCAUCCUGCUCGACGCCGACGCCAAGAGCCGCACCAACCCCGCCGUCCGCUGCUGGAUGGUGGACCUCAAGACCGCCGCCUACCAGGCCGACGACGUCCUCGAUGACUUCCUCUACGAGGCGCUGCGCCGCCGUGCCGCCCAGAUCCGCCGACGACGCCGCCGCCGCCGUGCCACCGCACGCAAGGUGCUGAGCUACUUCACCACCAAUAGCCCGGUUGUUUUCCGCCUUUCAAUAAGCAGGAAGAUGAAGGAUGCCCUAGAGAUGAUUGAUGAACUGGUUGUAGAGAUGAACAAUUUCCACUUCCUGCAACAUACCGAAGCACCAUACGUUGAUCAUCCGCAAACACACUCUCAAGUCAAUGAAUCAGAGAUUGUGGGCAGACAAGACGAGAAGGAACAAGUGGUGAAGAUGUUGCUCGACCACUCCAACCACAAUAAUAGUAAUGACAAUGUCAUGGUGCUCCCCAUAAUUGGCAUGGGGGGAAUUGGUAGGACCACACUUGCUCAACUUGUGCUCAAUGACCACAGAAUGGUGCAUCAUUUUGAGUUAGUCUUAUGGGUCUGUGUCUCUGACAAGUUCAUUAUCAUGGAAAUAAUUCGAUCUAUAAUACAAGUGGCCACGCUGAAUAAGUGUGAUUUGACCGAGAUGGAGGCACUGCGGAAGGAACUUGGUCAAGUGUUGGGCAAGAAAAGAUACCUCUUAGUGCUGGAUGAUGUUUGGAAUGAAGAUGGACAGAAGUGGGAUGCUAUGAGAUCAUUGUUAUGCUCACAUGCUGGCUCAGGUAGUGCUAUAAUUGUGACAAGCCGCAGCGACAAAGUUGCAUCUAUCAUGGGCACACUUCCUCCACAUCAGAUAUCGCUUCUAAGUGAUGAUCAAUCAUGGGAGUUCUUUGACAGAAACACAUCUGGAAGAGAAGUAGAAAGGCAAGAGGAAUUUAUUUCAGUCGCAAAGAACAUUGUUGACAAGUGUAAAGGAUUGCCUCUUGCUAUCAAGACCAUAGCCGCUUUACUUCCUUCGAAGAAUCACAAUCAGUGGUUUUCUGUUCUGGAUAGCGAUGUAUGGAAAGAUGACAUUCUCACAACUACUGGGAUUGUACCUGCACUACGACUGAGCUAUGAUCAUUUGUCAUCAGAGGAAAAAAUAUGCUUUUCCUUUUGUUCUAUUUUCCCCAAGGAUAGCCCAAUGGAUAAAGACAUGUUAAUCCAGCUAUGGAUGGCAAAUGACUUUAUUGCAUCAGAAGUAAGAGGCCAGCAAAUUUUUGAUGUGCUAGUUUGGAGAUGUUUCCUACAAGAUGUCAAGAUUCAAAAGAAUCCUAUGGGCAGAUUUAAAGAUGAGUUCUUCCGUGGACCUGCUUGCAAGAUGCAUGAUCUCAUGCAUGACCUCGCUAACUUCGUAAGCGGAAAUGAUUGCUCCAUUCUGCAAGAAUCUUCAUCAUGUCAAGAAAUUAUGCAAGGAUCCACAAACACCUGUUCGUUACAGCAUGAGGUUCGACAUUUGUCACUUGAUUAUGUGAGUAACAAUACUAUUGCAGCCAUGAAGAAAAUUUUAGCUCCCCGAGCCCGCACAAUAUUAGUCCGAAGGGAGUUGGAGUGGACUAAGACUUCUCUGGAUAUGGGCAAGUCUCUGAGUAUGACCAUGUCAAAAUUCAUGUCCUUGCGAGCAUUGAAGAUAUCGUCAAUCUUAACACAUAUGACAAACUUGAAGCAUCUUCGGUAUCUAGAUUGUUCUAAUUCUGAUAUAUCUGCACUGCCUGAAGGCAUUACCAUGUUUUAUAGCUUGCAAACAUUGAAGCUCACGGGUUGUCGCAAACUUGAGAAAUUACCAGAAGGCAUACGAUAUAUGCUCAGCCUUCGGCAUAUCUUCCUUAAUGGGUGUCAUAGUUUGGAGUGCAUGCCACAUGGUAUUGGUCAGCUGAAUUCUUUACAGACAUUGACGGAUUAUGUCAUUGAUAGUGAUGUGGGCCGUGGAAUUGAUCAACUGAAAGAUUUGAAUCUAGUUGGUGGUCUUUCUUUGACUAAGCUGAGGAAAGUGCAUAGUGCAGAAAAUGCUCAACAAGGCAAUAUGUCUGCUAAGCAUGAUUUGAAAAGAUUGUCACUCGAUUGGGGGGAAAAUAUAUAUACAUGGCGUGAAGUUGAAGUGGAUACUAAUGCAGAAGGAAUAUUAGAGGCCCUUCGUCCGCACAAAAGGCUUGAAGUUUUAGUGUUAUCUAAGUAUAUGGGUGCUAAAUUGCCAUCAUGGAUGCAAAACUCUACACAGUUAGAACAUAUCAGUGAACUUUAUCUGAAAAACUGCAUGAAGUGCAAGGAUCUUCCAUCAUUAUGGCAGCUUCCCUCUCUCUGGUACUUGUGUUUGGAUAGUUUGGAUAGCUUGACCAGUAUAUGUGUUGGUAAUGAUGAUAACGACAGUGGGGAAUCCUGUAUUUCUCCACCACCCUUCUUUCCUAAAUUGAAAACCAUGGACCUUUUCGACAUGCCUAAGCUAGAGAGAUGGCACCGGGAAGUGGCAGGACAAGUAGCAGUUGUAUCAUUCCCUCAGCUCAAGAAGCUAAAAAUUUCCAGAUGCCCAAUGCUAGCAAGCAUGCCCAAUAUGCUCCCUUUGCUUGAAGAUCUACGUGUGGAUAAGGCAACAGAUAUUCCCCUUUACCAUCUGAUGAAUCUGUCUGUGCAAUCUAACCUUGAGUGCAAAGGUUCCAUUGAAGUAGGACCUACAGUUGGUUGGCGGUCUAGUGAGCUUCAGUUCUGGAGGCUUGGUGACUCUAAUGUGACACUGACACUUAGAGAUUUGAUGGAAAAUGUUGAGCCCUUUGAAGAGGAGCUGAAUAGAAUACCUUGCAAAUUUAUGAAGGAGCUGCGUAUAACAAAUUGUGGCUUUCUUUUCUCAUCAAAACCAUCCCAAAUACAAUCAAAUAUAUGGAACCAUUUUGGUUUUGUUGAAGUGAUGCAGAUUAUAGGCUGUAAUAAUAUAGUACAAUGGCCAGCUGUAGAGGUCAGAAACUUGAAUCGUCUUCGAGUUCUACACUUGUUUGACUGUUCCAACUUAACUGGUUCCCUUCCAUCAACAAUAUCUGAUGACGAAAAUGUCCUGCAUCCUCGACUCCAGAAUCUCUUAGUUAUGAAUUGUGGAAAAUUGGUGGAGGUACCAAAGUUGCCUGCAUCUCUUGAAAAAUUGCACAUCACUUUUUGUCCCAAGCUGGUGUCCGUGCCAGCAAUUCUUGGAAACGUCAAAAAAUUGAGAGAACUCUCUCUGAUUGGUUGCGAAGCCCUGACGACAUUUCCAGAUGGAAUUUAUGGAGUUACUGUGCUCAAGAAGCUAGAAGUGAGGCAGUGCCCAAGGGUGAAGACACUACCGGAGGGACUCCUGCAGCAGCUCCCAGCCCUCGAGGAACUAUAUAUCAGAGACUGCCCCAACUUGGAGGGAGCCUUCUCAAGAGGAGGCGCUUGCUGGAAUUUGGUUGAAGCAAUUACAUUUCGAUUGGUUGACUGA